AUGGCAGCCGUUCAGGCUACCAAAGAGGCUCUGGCCCCCGUACAACAACCCAAAGGCACUCUGAAGAUCGAAAACACCGAAAAGCGAGAUACCUUGAUCGCCAGCGAGAAGAAGUACCAGCAAAAAUGGCAGCAGGAGAAGGUGUUCGAGGAGGAUGCGCCCAGUCUGGAAGAGGUGCCAUUCCAUGCAAUUGCACCUGCCGAACUCAGAAAGAAGAACCCCAAGUAUAUGGUCACUAUGGCAUACCCGUAUGUCAACGGCACGGCACACGCAGGACAUGCAUUCACCGCGAGUAAGCUCGAGUUCUCGGUCGGUUGGGCGAGAAUGCAAGGCAAGAGAGCUCUAUACCCUCAAGGAUUCCACUGCACAGGUAUGCCCAUUAAGGCCUGUGCAGACAAGCUCGUGCGCGAGAUCGAGAUGUUUGGCCAGAACUUCGAGCGAUGCCCGAUCGACGAGGUGAAAGAGAAUGCAGAGCCCAACGGCGCGCCUCCAGCACCCACGCAAUCAACGACAAAGGAGGACGUAACGAAGUUCUCGGCAAAGAAGAGCAAGGCCAAUGCGAAGGUCAACGUGGCCUUGAAGUACCAGUUCCAGAUCAUGCUGGCCCUGGGCAUCCCAAUCGAGGAGAUCCACAAUUUCUCCGACCCUCAGCACUGGCUGCAAUACUUUCCCCCACUCUGGAAGCGCGAUCUGAACAACAUGGGCUGCCGUGUUGACUGGAGACGGUCAUUCGUCACUACCGACGCCAAUCCUUACUACGACGCUUUCGUGCGAUGGCAAGUCAACCGCCUGAAAGAGAUGGGGAAGAUCAAGUUCGGCAAGCGGUACACAGUCUACUCGCCCAAGGACGGACAAGCCUGUAUGGACCACGACAGGCAAAGUGGUGAAGGUGUUGGUGUUCAAGAGUACACUGCACUGAAACUGCGAGUCAAGGAGUGGGCAGAUGCAGCUAAGAGUCAAGUCGAGGGCAAGAUUCCAGAAGGUGGAAACGUCUACUUCGUACCUGCGACUCUCCGACCAGAGACCAUGUACGGCCAGAAUUGCUGCUUUGUCGGACCCAGCAUUACGUACGGUAUCUACGAGGUGGAGAAAGGCAAGGAGUACUACUUCAUCUCGGAUCGUGCAGCGAGGAAUAUGGCCUUCCAAAACAUCUUCCCGCAAUGGGGUGUGUUCCCAAAGGUCGCUGAACUGCAAGGAUCUGAUGUGAUCGGCACUCUGGUAGAUGCACCACUGUCAUUCAAGAAAGACGGCGUCCGAAUUCUUCCCAUGGACACGGUUAAGUCGACAAAGGGUACCGGCGUCGUAACGAGCGUGCCAUCAGACUCCCCAGACGACUAUGCGACAUGCCUCGACCUUGCCAAGAAAGCCGAAUACUACAAGAUCAAGAAAGAAUGGGUUGACCUUGAUCUGCUCCCCAUCAUCGAAACCCCGACGUACGGCAAUCUCACCGCAAAGCAUCUGGUCGAGGCCAUGAAGAUCAACUCGCCCAAGGAUGCCAAGCAGUUGGCUGAAGCGAAAGACCUUGCGUACAAGGAAGGAUUUUACAAGGGCAAGAUGAUCUAUGGCGACUUCAAGGGCAAGACUGUCGAGGAAGCCAAGCCAUUGGUACGACAGCAGCUCUUGGACGCUGGUGAUGCCUUCGCAUAUGCAGAGCCGGACGGCUUGGUCAUUUCAAGAUCCGGCGAUGAGUGUGUUGCCGGGCAUCUGGACCAGUGGUUCAUGAAUUACGGCAUGCCAGAGAAGUCAGGUGAUGAGGAGUGGCAGCCUAAAGUCCUGAAGCACGUGCAGAAUGAGGACGACGAAGGCUUGAACACUUUCACGACAGAGACCAAGAACGCAUUCGUUCAAGUCUUGGACUGGUUAGCACAGUGGGCGUGUGCCAGAAGCUACGGCUUGGGUACGAAACUGCCAUGGGACCAGAGCCAGCUCGUUGAGAGCUUGUCUGAUUCGACCAUCUACAUGUCGUACUACACCAUCGCCCAUUUGCUACACAGGGAUAUCUACGGAAAGGAGAAGGGCGAGGCCAACGUGGCACCGGAAGAGCUCACGGACGAGAUUUGGGACUGGCUCUUCUGCCGGACGGAGAAGAUUCCUCAGACAUCGAUCAAAGAGGAGACCCUUCAUCGCAUGCGCCGCGAGUUCGAGUACUGGUACCCACUCGAUCUUCGAGUCUCUGCCAAAGACUUGGUCCAGAACCACUUGACCUUCUUCUUGUACGUCCACAUCGCCAUGUUUCCACCAGAGUACUGGCCGCGAGCGAUCCGAGUGAACGGGCAUUUGCUGUUGAACGGUGAGAAGAUGUCAAAGUCGACAGGAAACUUCAUGACGCUGGCGGAGUCCAUCAGCAAAUUUGGUGCAGAUGCCACGCGAAUCGCCUUCGCUGAUGCCGGAGACACGAUCGAAGACGCCAACUUUGACGAGACCGUUGCGAACAGCAACAUUCUGCGUCUGUACGAGCUGCGGCAAUGGUGCGAAAGCGUCAUUCGCGACGCACGCUUGCUCAAAGAUGGCGAGACAUAUGCACAGGUGAAGGAGAACGAGAGGCACAAAAACAAUGACUCCAUUCUCCGGACAGGCGAGAACAUAUUCUGGGAUGAACUCUUCGAGAACGAACUCAAUGGGCUCGUCAGGGAGACCGAGAAGCAGUACGAUCUCACCAACUACAAAGCAGCCCUCAAGAGCGGACUGUACGACUUCACCUCGUCACGAGACUUCUACCGCGAGGCAACCAAGGCUGCCGGUGUUGGCAUGCAUCAGGAUCUCGUCCGACGCUACGUCGAGUUGCAAGCUCUCAUGCUCACUGUGGUCGCACCCCACUGGUCAGAGUACAUUUGGCUCGAAGUCUUGGGCAAGACAGAGACAGUGCAGAACGCCCGCUUCCCAAGCGUGCCCGACCAGAAGCCCAACCUUACUGCCGCCCGCGAGUAUGUGCGUGGCACAAGCAGCAAUAUAACAAGUGCAGAAGGUGCUCAGCUCAAGAAGAUGCAGAAGGGCAAGCAGACGUCGUACGAUCCGAAACAGGACAAGAAAUUGACCGUGUUCUGCGCGCUGAAGUACCCAGCAUGGCAAGACAGCGUUAUCGACAUUGUGCGUCAGAAGUUCGCGGACAUGAAGCUGGACGUUGGCGCAGUCUCGAAGUCUAUCCCCAAGGCUGAGAGCAAGCGCGCGAUGCCAUUCGUGCAAGUGCUCAAGAAGAGCCUGGAAGGUGGCAUCGAGCCCAGCACCGUGUUCGAGCGGAAGUUGGCAUUCGAUGAAGUUGAUGUGCUGAGGGAGAUGGUACCCGGACUGCAGCAAACGAUUCAAAAGUGCGCCGUGAUUGAGGUCAUCGCUGUUGAAGAGGAGGGGAAGAAAGGCAAGGUAGUGGGAGGCACCGCCGGUGUCAAGGUAGGGGAAGAGAGAAGCGAGCUGCCACAAGCCGCCGAGAAUGCGGUGCCUGGUCAGCCGACGUUCUUCUUCGAGAACGUGGCCGGCUCAUAG